AUGAAGGAUCAACACCUCAGCCUUGUUAAAAAGAGCCGCGAGGGAGCGCUGCACGAGCCGAUCGCUGUUAAAACCCGGCUAGGCUGGACAAUUUGUGGUGGAGGGAGUCACAACAACGCCACCAAUUUAGUACGCUCUGUGUUUCACAUCUGCGCUUGCGGCCCGUCUUCGGACGAGGACCUACAUAAAAUGAUGAAGGAAUACUUCGCAGUAGACAGCCUGGGAGUUGUUCAGCCGAAGAAACGUCUCGUAUCGGCAGAAGAAGAACGAGCGCAGAAUCUACUCGAAAGUCGCACAGUGCUGAAGGGGAAUCGCUACGAAACUGGCUUGUUGUGGCGCUACGACAAUAUUCGGCUGCCAGACAGUUUUCCGAAGGCCCUCCGGCGACUGCAGUGCCUCAAGAAGAGAAUGGAUAAAGACUUCCAACUGGCGGACGCCCUCAACAAGAAGAUCAUCGAUUUCGUCCAAAAGGGCUAUGCGAGGAAGGUGACCGAUGAAGAACGUUCCCAAAAUUUCCAUCGGACGUGGUAUCUACCUAUAUUUCCGGUAACGAACGCCAAUAAGCCAGGCAAGAUCCGAAUGGUGUGGGACGCCGCUGCAGUAGCCCACGGAAUAUCCCUAAACUCCGCGCUACUCAAAGGACCAGAUCAACUCAGCGAGCUGUUUACCAUACUGGUACAAUUCCGGGAAGGCCGGAUCGCUCUAACUGGAGAUGUGCGCGAAAUGUUCCAGCAAGUACUCAUGCGUCCAGAAGACCAGCAGUGCCAGAGGUUCCUCUGGUAUGAUGAAGAUGGGACCCUCUCCAUAUACGUUCUCCAGGUGAUGACAUUCGGGGCCUGCUGCUCCCCUAGCAGCGCCCAGUUCGUGAAAAACCUAAACGCCGAGCGCUUCAAGGGGGAUUAUCCAGCGGCGGUUGAAGUGAUCCAGAAACGCCACUACGUUGAUGACAUGCUGGUGAGUGUGGCAACAGAGAAAGAAGCUGUUGAACUCACCUUGCAAGUGAAGAAGGUACACGCAGCUGACGGCUUCGAAAUCCGUAAUUGGAUCAGCAACUCCAAAUGCGUCGCUGAAGCCUUAGAGGAGAACAACACUGAAGAAAAAAACCUCGAUCUUUCACCGGAAUUAGCCACGGAAAAGGUGCUUGGUAUGUGGUGGUGCACCGACGUAGACACCUUUACCUACAAGGUUGGGUGGGACCGAUACGGCCGAGCGCUGCUGGAGGGACAACACCGGCCAACAAAACGACAAAUGCUGCGUGUACUUAUGUCCGUGUUCGAUCCGCUAGGGUUAAUUGCCCAAUUUCUAAUGUAUUUGAAAAUACUGCUUCAGGAAGUCUGGCGCUCCGGCAUCGGCUGGGAUGACCAAGUAAACGAAACCAUUUUCGAAAGAUGGCAAACCUGGCUCAAAGUCCUUCCUACAAUCGAAAAGAUCAGCAUUCCUCGGUGCUACAUCAGCGAGUCAAUCAUCCACUACGGAGACAUACAGCUUCACACGUUCGUGGAUGCAAGUGAAAACGGUAUUGCGGCAAUCUGCUACUUACGAUUCAAACAUCAGGAUGUUGUCGAGUGCAAAAUUGUCGCCGCCAAAACCCGAGUCGCGCCGUUGAAAUUCCUCUCUUUACCUCGCCUAGAGCUUCAGUCGGCCCUGAUCGGCGCCCGAACACUCUCCGAAGCCCUCACGAUUCACAUUACCCGUCGUUUCUUCUGGUCUGACUCCCAAGAUGUCCUGUGCUGGAUCAGAUCGGACCACCGCCGUUACUCAUCAUUUGUAGCGUUUCGGGUUAGCGAAAUUCUCGAGCUGACGGAGAUGACUGAAUGGAGGUACGUUCCCACCGAUCUGAACGUUGCGGAUGAUGGAACAAAAUGGAAAGGACUUCCAAAUCUGAAGCCCCAAGCGAGAUGGUUCCACGGCCCACAAUUUCUGUAUCUCGCCGAAGACCAUUGGCCACACACGUCGAAAGGCUCAGGCACCACCGACCUCGAACUCCGUAGUAGUGCAAUGGCACACUUCACCGCAUCCGAUCCCAUCGUACAAGUGAACGACUUCUCCAAUUGGGGUCGAUUAGUUCGAGUAAUUGCGUUUGUGCAACGUUUCUCCAAUAAUUGCAAAUUGAAGCGCUUUAAGAAGUCUAUAAAAAGCUGCCCUCUUUCCAGCUCAGAAAUAAGCUUGGCUGAAUCAUAUCUACUACGCCAGGCACAGUUGGAAAGUUAUCCCGAUGAAGUCACUCUUCUCCAACGAUCGCAGGAUGAGCCGACGCUGCCGCUUAAAACACCGUUACCAAAAACAAGUCCGCUGCACCAAAAAUCACCUUGGCUGGACCAGAAUGGAGUUUUACGAAUGCGAGGCCGCAUCACCAACUGCGAUUACGCAACUGAAGACGCCAAAAAUCCAAUUAUCUUUCCACGUGACCACCCAACCACCAAAUUGAUUAUUGCACAUUUCCACCAAAAAAUCCACCAUCAGAACCACGAGACCAUAAUCAACGAAAUUCGACAGAAAUACAGUAUUCCGAAGCUACGCACAACCUUCACCAAUACGGUGGCACCACCGCGGCCGCCAUCGACGACGGUGUGCUGUCCCCAAAGAUUCAAAUACAUUGUGCAAUUCGCGACGAAGAUGACUCGUUUGUUCGCCAAGAUGUUGCACGUGACGAGCUCACUCCCCAUGCACUGCAAUGUUCCGGGUCAAAUUUCACAAAGUGCUCGUAAAAAUGCAGCCGCUGCUGUGGCACGGGAUCCCAGCUCGACGUGCAACGAAUGGAAGUAA